AUGCCAAUUACAAAUGUGGAAUAUAAAGACAUUUUGUUUCUUAGGGCCUGUUUGAUACACCUCUUAUUGGGUCCACUAAGAGAGUCCGACCGAAUUAGCCAAAUACAAUCGCUGACUGAAUUAAUUUCCAAGAAAACCCUCCCUUUCCUAGAACUAACAGGCUUUAAGCGACACCCUCCCUUGAACGACAUUCACUUCAGUGAUUUCUGCUCCAUCGCCGACCUCUACAUCGGUGGCUUGUGCCUCGCCGAAAUCAACUUCGUUGGAUUUUGGCUCUCCAACAUCGGUUCUUCAAAGUUCCGAUUUCUCCAAGUUUGUUUGUUUUUGUAGGGCUGGAACCAAUAGUGAGUGGGUGGGCAAAAACAGAAAACAUCGUAGAAUUAACAUCCUUAGGGAAAAAAUCACAAAGUUGAAGCCUUUGGUGAAUUAUAGUGAAUAUUUAACUCAGUAAAAAUCAGUGCCCAUAGAAAUUGUUCAGUUUUAGAAUUUCAGUUUUCAUGUGAUUAUGUGUAUGUAGUUUGGUUUGUGAAUCUAUUGGGUAUUUAUGCAAUUAUUAGUUGAAAAUAGAGACUAGAAAUACGAAAAAAUUUAAUUUUUGAGCUGAAAGUUUUAGCAUUUGUAUUAUGUACAUAGAGGACCAUUGUGUCUAUUGUCAAUCUUGAUUGCAAGCUAGACCUGAAGGC